AUGAGCUCAAGCAGUGAGGAAAGUGAUGUGCGUAGCGAUGCUGGUCCGUCAAGAGCUAAAAAGAAAUAUCGGCAACAAUUCCGUGAUGAAUGGCUUCAAUUACAAGACUACCGUAAGUGGUUAAAGCGUGAUAAAAAGUCGAUUUAUAAAUGCAUUUGCACUGUUUGCGAUUCUUCUUUGAUUGCCGAUCUGGGUGCUAUUAAAAGACACAGUGAAGGUGCUAAGCAUAAACUUCGUCUUCCUGCCCUAUCGCAUGUGCGUACCAUUGACAAUAUUUUUAAAAGUCAGCAACGCGCAAGUGAUGAUGAUCAGCGGAAAAUUACAGAAUUAAAAUUAUCGGCUUUUAUGGCAGAACAUAAAAUAUCGCACAUAGUGAUGGAUCAUCUCGUUGAUUUACUUCCAAAAGCUUUUCCAGAUUCUAAAAUCGCAAGUAAUAUCAAACUUAAACACACUAAAUUACAAGCAAUAAUAAAUAACGUUAUCGGGGCUUCUGAAGGAGAAUGUUUAGUCGAAGAUUUAAAACGCGAAAAGUUCUCUAUAAUGGACGUAUCGUCAGUCGAUUCUGGGACCUUAUUCAAAUAUUUGAUGACAAAAAAAGCUGGAACGUCUGGUGAUUACUCAGCCACGGCUGAAAAAUUAUUUAAUUCAAUAAUAAAAUCAUUUCGAGACAAAAAUAUACCCUUAGAAAAUACUAUCGGGUUUGGUUCUGAUGGAUGUAAUAUGAUGAUGGGCUGCCAUAAUUCAGUGUCCUCACGAUUUAGACAACUAUGUCCAGGUAUUACAGUGAUCAAAUGCCUUUGCCAUUCUUUACAUUUGUGCGCUUCCGACGCUUGCAAAGAAUUGCCCCACGAUGCAGAAAAACUGACUCGAAUGAUAUACAAUUACUUCAAAAAUAGUAGCAAACGUCAAGCAGAGUUAAAGGAAUUUCAAGUAUUUACAGACACUAACAUACACAAAUUGCUACGUCCAGCCCAAACGCGUUGGUUGUCUCUUUCCAGUGUUGUGAACAGAAUUAUGGAGCAAUGGGACGCUUUGCGAUUGUACUUUGACGAUAAAUGGCUGGAAGACCAAGAUUGCCAAGCCAUUCAUAUUCUUUUGAAUGAUCACAUCAUCAAGGCAUAUUUUUAUUUUUUAUGUUGGAUGUUGCCAAAGUUUACCCGCGUCAAUGUAUAUUUUCAAAGCGAAGAUCCGGUUAUUAUAGAAGCCCAUAACAAAAUGAAAGAGCUAUACAGAGAACUCUUAUCCUUAUACAUAACUCCGAAUCAUUUAAAGAACACCCCACUCGACGCAAUUGACCCUACUGAUAGUCAACAUUACAUAAAUCUGAAAAAUAUAUACCUGGGAUUGGGUGUUGCUAAUCAAGUUGCUGUCCCAGAGCUACAUGUAAGUACCGAAGAAGUUACAGUGAUGAAACAGAAAUGCCUGAAUUUUAUCGUUAAAGCAUGCGUGGGUAUUCGGAAAAGAUACAGUUUGAAUGACCCAGUUUUGAGCUCAAUCGCAAAGUUGGAUCCCGAUUCUUGCUUAUCUGAUAAUAGACUACAGUCUUUGUCUUCGCUGUUCCCAGUGCUGCCAAGGCUUAAACCCCAAACUUUAAAUGAUCAACAGACGUUAGAUGAUGAAUGGAGAAAUUUAAUGUUGACUGCGGAUGAACAACAUUUGAAUACAAAUCAACCAGCAGACGUGUUUUGGCAUCAGUUGUCUCAAAUCAAAGAUAGCAACGGAGAUAAUAAAUAUCAUUUUCUGCCUCGUUUUAUGCUCCAAGUUUUAUCGUUGCCUCACUCGAACGCUGAGUGCGAACGAAAGUUUAGUGAAAUAAAUAAUAUAAAAACAAAGCAGAGAAACUGUUUAGUCACAAAUACCAUCAAAGGCAACAUGCUAGCUCAGCAAGCCAUUCGGCGGACUUCCGAAAAUUGCGUGAAUUUUAAUCCAACUAAGGAAAUGAUUUCAAGGAUGACAGCAAAGAUUUAUGAAAAUCAUGAGCAAAUUGUUCUGGAAUAA